AAAAAGGAAUAAAAAAAAGCUGCGUAACGGCUCCGUUUCUCAUCUGAUAGAAGAAGGAAACGAAAGAGAGAGAAAAAUAAAAAGAUCGGGGGGUGGGUGGGGGUGUUUAAAUACCGAGUCCAAUCUCUCUCUCUCUCUCUCCUCGCAUCGUAGCAACCCUAAAUCUGAGAUCAAUUUCCUCUGAUGGCGAACAACCCUAGAGUGUUCCUCGAUAUUGCCGUGAACUUCAAAACUGUUGGUCGGAUCGUGAUAGAGCUCUUUGCCGACACGAACCCGGCGACGGCGGAGAACUUUCGGGCUCUGUGUACAGGCGAGAAAGGAAUAGGGGAGUCUGGUAUACCACUCCACUAUAAGGGAUCUAUCAUCCACUCAGUGAACCCAGGUAUGAUGUGGCUCGGAGGAGAUAUCACUCAUGGGAACGGACUUCGAGGCGAAUCGAUCUACGAAUCGAUCUACGGCCGUGACCAUCAAGUCACGGACAGUAAAUUCCUAAGGAAGCACGACAGGAAAGGUAUCCUCUCCACGCUCAACCUUGAUGAAUACGUCAUCGGAUCUCAGUUCAUGCUCCUCUUGACGGAGUUUCCUACCCUCGAUGGCUACCAGUUCGCAUUUGGACAAGUUGUGCAAGGGUUUGAUGUGAUCAGUCAAGUUGAGCAGAUGGUCGGAGAUGAUUUGCGCUACCCUUUCCAGCCUUUGACAAUCGCCGACUGCGGUCAGCUUGAUGAGGGUGGUUCUAUCUCAACAAUGGUAGGUUGUUCUGUCCCGGAACAUGUUCAUAAGAUGCUCAAACAGUUGCGAGCUUGGCAACUGAAGACCGCCGAGAUGGAGACUAUACUGGCAAUGCAGACUAUUUCAUAUGAAAGGGGAAACCGCAAUUUCGAGAUAAAGGAGUCCCUUGCUCUGCACAAGCUGUUCAUGGUACCUUGUAUCCAGCACUCGGUGCCACCGGAAAGUGGAGGAGAAGGCUCCUCUGGUCCUGAAGAGCACUCUGUGGCACAUGCAAAAGAAGAGGAAGGCGAUGGUCUCGUUUAGUAGCUUCUCGCUGUUUUUUAAUGUUAUGUUUCAUUCGUUUUUCUUCUUGUUGGUUGUUCUUGUUCGUGUGUGGUCUUGUUACCUUCUUGUUUUAAUUUGGAUACUAUUAAAAUAUAAUGUUAACCUUAGAUUGUUGUCCCAUUGGCAAUUUCCCCUUAUAAUAAAAGCAUCUCAUUAUCUA